AUGACUUUUCGCCGUUUAUCACAUUUAAAAACAGUUUCACGGUGUAUUUUAACAAUAUCAAUAGUAUUUAGUUAUGCAAUAUCACUAUCAGUAGGUGAAAAUGCACCUGUUGAGAUUGAAAAACCGGAGAUUGUCAUAACUUCGACGAAACAUGAAGAGUCAACGGGAUCAGUUCCUGUUCAAGGAAGUUUGGGAUUUCUUCAUGCUUUCAUUGCAGCACUCUCUGUUAUCGUUGUCUCAGAACUUGGUGAUAAAACAUUUUUCAUAGCUGCAAUUAUGGCUAUGAGGCAUCCUCGAUUGACUGUUUUCAUUGGUGCAAUUAGUGCAUUAGCCCUCAUGACAAUACUUUCUGUGUUCUUUGGAUAUGUCGCUACUAUUAUUCCCAGAGCCUAUACGUAUUAUAUAUCGACGGCUUUAUUCGCUUUGUUUGGAUUAAAGAUGUUGAAGGAUGGGUAUUAUAUGUCCUCUACCGAGGGUCAGGAGGAACUGGAGGAAGUGCAGUCGGAUUUGAGAAGGCGAGAAGAUGAGCUAGAAAGGGAGGUGGGGGCUGCAGUAGUGACCCAAGAUCCUGAAACCGGUGUGAUACGAAAAAGUCCCAAGACAACUGCCUUCAUGUUGCUGUCACGAAUAUUUUUCCAAGCAUUCACCCUGACAUUUCUCGCUGAAUGGGGCGAUCGAUCACAACUGACGACUAUUAUUCUUGCUGCACGAGAGGAUAUUUAUGGAGUUAUUGUCGGUGGCAUUCUCGGCCACUCAUUCUGCACUGGCCUUGCAGUCCUCGGCGGCCGCAUGAUUGCUCAAAGGAUAUCUGUCCGAACGGUUACGAUCAUCGGUGGGAUUGUUUUCCUAGCUUUUGCUAUCACGGCACUCUUUAUGGAUCCUACAGAAAGUGUGUAAAUAAUGUUUUUUUAAGUGAGAAAAAAUAAUCGCCAUGCUACGAGCCGAGCGGUACUCUGUUAUUGCUAAUUCUAUCAGUCUGUAUAGGUAUUCCUCCAGUUUACUAUUGUAUAUUAUUAACUACUCCAUAGUAUUUGCGAGUUAUUCAACAGUAUGGUCAAAUAUUUAGCAACGAUUUUUACAUUUUUUUUUUAUUCAGAAUGAUUGUUUUUAGUUUCUUGAAGAUGAUGGCUUGUGAACUGUCAGCGAUAAUGGCAGUAUUUUCCGAUAGCUUAAUGUUACGUGAAUUAGAAUACGAUAUUUGUAGACAUGUGAAAAGAUUAAUUGCGGCGUAAUCUUACAUCUAUAAUUACUUACAGCUAUGAUUGUUUGAAUUUCAUCAAACAUUUUUCUUUUGUGAAAGGACUAUUCAAAACAUCCAUGUCAAGUCAUUGUAAAUAAUUAAAGUCAAAUCUACGCUGAAAUAAGUGUUGUUAUUUACUAAUUUUUAUUUUUUCAGUUUUCGUUAAUCUUCCGUUGGCAAAUGUUAUUAAUUGUCGGUGGGUGUAGCAUUAUUCACCUUCAGAGGACUUCCACGCACCAGAGUCUCCUGAUUGGUUCACUUCAACACUUCUCCUAAUAAUUUGAAAUGUAAAUUAAUUAUGGAGGUUUUAUAUGUCAAGAAUUAAUAUUCCUAAUAUUUAUUUUUUCUUAUUUUAUUUAUUGAAUUUAUUGAUUGACUCUAUUGAACCGAAUAAGACAGUAACGUAAUUUCAAAUUAUCCGCCAAGGAAAAAGUCCCUAGCCGUGCGAAGGGUGGGGAAAGCGCUAGUGAGUUUCAUGCGCAGCUUCCUCGCGCAGCUACUGUUGCUAGGCGGGCGCGCGCGCGCACAGGCCUGACUGGGCUACCUGGCGUCAGUAUGCCCUGAGAUGGCGGCUGUAUGUGGAUGCUUGUCCCGGCGUAUCGUGUAUUUCGUUUAAUUUAUUUAAUAAAAUGCGGAAUUUAGUUUAUUAAAGUGUUUAAUUAGAGGGAAAUAGUUUCGGGGCGUGUAAUUAAAAUAGUGAGUAUUGUUUUUGAAAGUUUAAUAGUAAAUAGUGAAGGGAUUUGUGGGAAGUGUGCAUGAGGACGCUUGGGCGUGGCUCGUUGGUGGCUUGGUGAUGAGGCCUAAUUUGUUAAAUAAUUGGCCAAAUUGUUGCUAAAAAGACUGGUACAUUGUGCAUUGAGUGGGAUUUUGUAAAAUAAUAAAAUGCUAAAUGGACUGAAAAACGAGUAGCGUCUCCACAGAGCUGGGUGACGAAGGGAUGGUGCGGCGAGGGGGGCAGCCGUACGUGUUCGUGUUGGUAAUGACGCUUAAUCUGUUAAAUAAUUGGUGAAAUAUUGCUAAAAAAAAGUGGUAAAUGGAGGGUAAAUGCAUUGGCCCGGAAAAGUGUGUUUAUUGAGUGCAAUUUUUUGAAAAAAUAAAAUGCUAAAUGGACAGUUGAGAAAUGGGGAGCGUCUCUACAGACUUGGGUGACAAAGGGAUGGUGCGGCGAGGGGAGGCAGCCGUACGUGGUAGUGCAUGUCGGCGACUUGGAGGUGAGGCCUAAUUAUGGUGGAAAUUUUAAUAAAAAAACGACUAAAUUGAGUGUGAAUGCAUCGGCCCAGAAAAAUAUGUUUAUUAAGUGGCAUUUUUUGAAAUAAUAAAAUGUUAAAUGGAGGACUGUGAAAUGCGCGGCGUGUCUACAGACCUGGGUGGCAAAGGGAUGGUGCGGCGAGGCGGGGCAGCCGUGCGUGUUGGUGCUUGUCGGCGGCUUGGUGAUGACGCGUAACCUGUUAAAUAAAAUAAUUGGACAAAUUGUUGGUUAAAAAAAAGUGGUAAAUUGCGUGUAAAUGCAUUGGCCUGGAAAGGUGUGUUUAUUGAGUGACAUUUUUAAAAUAAUAAAAUGGAAAAUGGACGAAUGAAAAAUACGUAGCGUAUCUACAGACUUGAGUGGCAAAGGGUUCGGGGGGGGGGGGGGCAGUUGUGCGCGUUGGUGGUUGUUGGUGCGUCGGUGUAAUUUGUUUAAAAUUUUAAUUAAAAAAAUGAUGAGUGAGGUAUGGAUUGGCGUAAAAAAGUGUGUGCAUUGCGUUAAAUUUUUUUAAAUAAUAAAAUGUUUAAUUGUGGAGUGGAAAUACGGGAGUGACCAGUGAGGCGAAGGGAUCGAGGGGGGGGGGGGUAGUUGUGCGCGUUCGUGGUUGUCGGUGGGCCGGUAAAAAGGCGUAAUUUGUUUAAAAAUGUUUAGAAUUUUAAUUUAAAAAAUAAUGAGUCGGGUUGUAAAUACAGUGGCCUAAGAAAGUGUGUGCCUGUUGUUUGAAUUGUGGCAUAAUUAAAUGGUUAAUUGGUUAGUGAGAAAUCAGGUGGAAUAUUAAGUGAGCAGUGUUUUUUUGGUGGUGGAUAGUCAGUUUUUUUUUUUUUUUUUUUUUUUUUUUUUUUAAUGUGAAUUGUUGAAGUGAGCUGUGGAAAAGGAGGAAUGCUGAGACAGCAUUCGACAGCAGGCGACACAUUGCAGUUAUCCCGGUGAGUCAAUAAUUAGAGAAUUUUUAUUUAAAGUUAAUCAUUUGUGAUAAAUUUUUAAGAAGGUUAAUGAGUAGCAUAAAGCUGAUAUUAGUAUAGAAAAGAGUUUUUUUUUUGGAAUUGUUAAUUAUUUGUCACAAAUGUUUAACGAUGUUCAUGAUGAGCUUCUAGUGGAUAAGAGGUACGUUUAUCAGUUGUGAGAAAUUAAAAUUAAUUAAUUAAUAAAGUGAAGCUAGCCAGAGUCGGGGUUUUUGAAUUAAUUAGAGAAUUAGCUCUUAAUUGGGUUUUAUAUAAUUUUUUUGUGUCGUCAGUAAAAAUAAAAUGGUGAAAAAGCUUUGUUGAAAAAUCAAUUUUUGUAAUUUGUUUUUUUUUUUUAAUGUGAAGUGAGCUGUGGAAAAGGAGGAAUGCUGAGACAGCAUUCAACAGCAGGCGACAGUAUGCAGUUUGCAGUUUGCAGUUGAUAUCUCGGUGAGUCAAAAAUUAAAGAAUUUUUAUUUAAUGUUAAGCAAUUGUGAUAAAUUUUUAAUUAUUUGUCACAAAUGUUUAACGAUGCUCAUGAUGAGCUUCUAGUGGAUAAGAGGUACGUUUAUCAGUUGUGAGAAAUUAAAAUUAAUUAAUUAAUAAAGUGAAGCUAGCCAGAGUCGGGGUUUUUGAAUUAAUUAGAGAAUUAGCUCUUAAUUGGGUUUUAUAUAAUUUUUUUGUGUCGUCAGUAAAAAUAAAAUGGUGAAAAAGCUUUGUUGAAAAAUCAAUUUUUGUAAUUUGUCAUGGAUUGUUGGACUCAGCUGUCUUAUAUACUGGUGGUUGUAGGAAGGGGUGUUUUUGGGGGGCGGCGCGCGGUGGGAAAUGAAGACGGGCGUUGCUGUAGAAUUCAGCGGCCGCCGUCAGAUCCCGCACUUUAUCCGUCGGACUCGGACGUGCAUUAUUGAUACCCGUCGGAGUGCGACCUGUAUCCUGAAUUACCCGUCGUACUUGACUGUGGUGAAGUGCGACGUGGAGUCCCGUUUUGUAUAUGCCCUGUAUAUUGGGCGGUAAAAAGCGCGUAAAUUGAGGGUGGAGGGGAAUGAAGACGGGGGGAUCGUCCAGAAUUCGACGGCCUCCUUGUCGGAGCCCCUGGGGUUUUGUUCCGUCGGAGUUGGACAGCGAGGAAAAGGUGUCUGAUUCCGACGAAUCGUGUUGACCAAUUGAGCCAUCGUGUAUUAUAUAGGGGUGGAAAAUAUUUUUUGGACAAGCCUCGACGCAUUGAAUUGAAUGCGGAGGUUUAGUAUAUGCGGCGGCGGCGGCUAGUUUGGGUGGAAUGGUAAAUUAUAAGAAAUGAAUAUUUGAAGAAAGCUUUUUGAGGAUGAAAUGAAUAAUGAGUAAAAAAAUAAUUGAGUGGGAUGGUUAGCUUGACAGGUGGAUAUUUGUUAGUCGGAAUUUAGUAAUUUGCAUUGUAAAUGAUUUCUCACAAAUGAUGAAUAACCGUAAAGAGAACCUCGGGGGGAGGAGCAUUUAAAUGUAAAAGUGAUAAGGUAGUAAAAAUGUUUAACAUCUGUUAUAGGGAGAAAUAUAAAUUGAAAAUGUAUUUUUCAUUGCUAUUUCAUCGAGCCUGAGAAAUAUUUAACAAGGCUGAUAAAGAAUUGCGUUUUUUUUGUGGGGGAUUUUAGUGAUGAACCCGGGGGUUGAUCGCUGUGAAAGUUGUAAGGUACUGUUAAUGGUAUAAAUAUAAAUUAGUAAUUUUUUUGAAUUGAUAUUAAAUGGCGUGAGCAUGUUUUUAUGAAUAGAGAGAGUUAGAAGCGAAGUUUUGCAAAGCCUAGUCAUAAUGAAGUUGUAAGGGUUUCGCUAGAUGGUGUCAGUCAAGAAAUUGGUGGCCCUGCGAAACUUGUCACCCUUCAGACUAGAUUUGUUUACCUUUGCAAUAAAAUUGUUAGACUGGUUAGGAUAUUUUUAUGAAUAGAGAUUGAGAAGAGAGAGAGAGUUAGAAGCGAAGUUUUGCAAAGCCUAGUCAUAAUGAAGUUGUAAGGGUUUCGCUAGAUGGUGUCAGUCAAGAAAUUGGUGGCCCUGCGAAACUUGUCACCCUUCAGACUAGAUUUGUUUACCUUUGCAAUAAUAUUGUUAGACUGGUUAGGAUAUUUUUAUGAAUAGAGAUUGAGAAGAGAGAGAGAGUUAGAAGCGAAGUUUUGCAAAGCCUAGUCAUAAUGAAGUUGUAAGGGUUUCGCUAGAUGGUGUCAGUCAAGAAAUUGGUGGCCCUGCGAAACUUGUCACCCUUCAGACUAGAUUUGUUUACCUUUGCAAUAAUAUUGUUAGACUGGUUAGGAUAUUUUUAUGAAUAGAGAUUGAGAAGAGAGAGAGAGUUAGAAGCGAAGUUUUGCAAAGCCUAGUCAUAAUGAAGUUGUAAGGGUUUCGCUAGAUGGUGUCAGUCAAGAAAUUGGUGGCCCUGCGAAACUUGUCACCCUUCAGACUAGAUUUGCUUACCUUUGCAAUAAUAUGGUUAGACUGGUGAGGAUAUUUUUAUGGAUAGAGAUUGAGAAGAGAGAGUUAGAAGCUAGGUUUUGCAACAGUUAGUCAGAAUAAAGUCGUAAGAAUCUCACAACAGGGUUUAAAUGAAGGAAUACUUAGCAAGGCGUGUGAAAAAUAGGGUUUUUAAAAUUGAUAAAAAUUUUUUGUCGGGUUGUCAGGUGUUAAAUUCAGAAGGUAUUGAAAAUGGGUGAAAUAAAAAUUUUGAAAAUAGCUUUAAUGGAUAUUCCAUGGUGUGAGACGAAUAUUUAGCAAAGCGUGUGAAAAAUUGAGUUUUUUUAAAAUGAUUUUAAUGUUUUGCGGGGUUGUCAGGUGUUAAAUUGGUAACAUAUGGAAAAUUUUGAACCAAUGUCGGUAAUUGGUUAGAGCGCGGGUGACUUGUUCCACACGUCGAUAACUAGUCUGUCGGUAAGAGUAUUAGACGGUCGGUAUCUCGGCGAUGGGUAAAUAGUCGACGAAGUGUAAUGACGUGACAGGGUUAUCAGCCGUCAAACUUUUACCGUAUUGAAAAUAGUUAAAAUAAAAAUUUUAAAAAUAGCUUCAAUGGAUAUUAAAUGGUGUGAGACGAAUAUUUAGCAACGCGUGUGAAAAAUAGUGUUUUUGUUAUAUUGAUUUUGAUGUUUUGUGGGUUUGUUAUCAGUUAAACAGGUAAGUAUUGAAAAUUGUUAAAAUAAAAUUUUUUAAAAUAGCUUUAAUGGAUAUUAAAUGGUGUGAGUGGAAUAUUUAGCAACACGUAUGAAGAAUUCCGUUUUUUUAAUAUUGAUUUUAAUGUUUUGCGGGGCUGUCAGCUGUUAAAUUUGCACCAUAUUGAAAAUGGUUGAAAUAACAAUUUUGAAAAUAGCUUUAAUGGAUAUUAAAUGGCGUGAGACGAAUAUUUAGCAAUGCGUGUGAAAAAUUGCGUUUUUUUAAUUGAUUUUAAUGUUUUGCGGGAUUGUCAGCUGUUAAAUUCGUAAGAUGGAAAAUUUUUAACCAUGUCGGUAAUUGGUUAGAGCGCGGGUGACUUUUUCCACACGUCGAUAUCUAGGCUGUCGGUAAGAGUAUUCGACGGUCGGUUUCUCGGCGAUGGGUAAAUAGUCGACGAAGUGUAAAAGGACGUAAAAGACGUAAAGGACGUAGGAAGGAGGAAAAUAUAAUAUAGAAAUAAAAUUUCUAUUGUCUUAUACUUGAAAAAAUGAUUAAUUCUAUAGUAAGUUUUAUUAAUAAAUAUAAACAAAAAAAAAUAAAAAUUAAAGGUAGUAUAAAAAUUGAACAAAAAUAUAUUAAUAAAUCAUAACGAAUACGUGGUAAUGUUAAUCGAGAUCAAACAAUAAAAUAAAUAAAUAAUUAAUAAUAUUAAUUAAAUUAAUCUAAUUUAAUUAAAUUUUAAGAUUUUGUUUCAAUAAUUAUUAUUUAUUUAAAAAAAAAUUAGUUGAAUUUUUUUAUUACCCCAAUAAAAUUUAUUUAAAUAUUAUUUUAGAUUAAAUUAAAUUUUUAAAUAAAUAAAAUUCUAUAGGGUCUUGUCGUCUUUUUUAUAAAUUUAAGUUUUUUUACUUAAAUAAAAAUUUAAAAUAAUUUUAUUUAUAAAGUUUAUACCUGAUGAAAUGCUUCAUUCAAGGUUUUAAUUAGAAACCAAAUUAUUAUGCUACCUUUGUACAGUUAUUGAUUCUGCAGCCAUUUAAUUAAUAAUCAUUGGGCAGAUUUGAUUUAAAAUUAAUAUUCUUUAAAA